AUGCAAUCGCAUCGGACACUGAUGCACGUAUUUGACAAGGCUCCGAUCGUGGAUAAGGAAGCUUUUGUAGCACCAAGCGCCUCAAUUAUUGGGAACGUGCAGAUUGGAAGAGGAUCUUCCAUUUGGUAUGGAUGCGUAUUACGAGUUUUGUUUAUGGGAUAUCAUCAUCUACGUCUGUAUCCUGAGCUAGGUCAACUAGGUAGCGAACGAAUACUGCUCAAUGUGGAGCUUCCUAGCAUUACCGAUGGAGUCUCAAGUCUCAACACAGUUAUGCUACAUCUUAUCUUGAUGAAGUAUAGAUUAUCCCCUUGUAUCGAAUUUGAGUUUGGUCUUCAGUGCAAGUUGUCCUGUCGGGAUGUGAACACCGUUACUGUUGGCUCAGGAACUAACAUUCAGGACAAUUCCCUUGUGCAUGUGGCAAAGUCAAACUUGAGCGGGAAGGUGCUUCCAACCAUCAUCGGAGACAAUGUAACCAUUGGUCAUAGUGCUGUUUUACAUGGAUGUACUGUUGAGGAUGAAGCCUUUAUCGGGAUGGGUGCGACACUUCUUGAUGGGGUCGUGGUUGAAAAGCAUGGCAUGGUUGCUGCUGGUGCGCUUGUGCGUCAAAACACUAGAAUUUCUUCUGGAGAGGUAUGGGGAGGAAACCCAGCAAAGUUCCUCAGGAAGCUCAAGAAUGAUGAAAUUGAUUUCAUCUCAAAGUCGGCUGAGAACUACUCAAACCUCGGACAGGCUCACGCUGCAGAGAAUGCAAAGCCACUAAAUGUGAUAGAGUUCGAGAAGGUUCUUCGCAAGAAGUAUGGUGGAAAAGACGAGGAGUAUGACUCGAUGCUUGGUAUCGUGAGAGAAACUGCACCAGAGCUCAAACUCCCUAACAACAUACAGCCUGAGAAAGAAACCAAGCCUCCUUCAAAUGGAAUGCUUUUCGUUGCCGUUUCUGCAGGAAUCAAACCAUUUCUUUAA